AUUCUCCUCGCCUUGACACUCUCAUAUCGCUACUCCCUCAUGUGUCGACGUUGUGCUCAGUGGAAUGUAUAUACGCUUCAUCUGAGGGUCGGAAAACUUAACCGCCUUUCUGGUCACUUAGUUCGUCCCUCCGAGGGAGAAAGACUCAGUUUAAGCGCCGUAGAAGAACCUUAUCCACGAGUGGAGCGAGUGAACACGACAGUAUUUGCACCAUUCGUACUCCACGUGGGAGAGAAGACGAAGACGACGAAGACAUCAGUGUUCUCUCGACGCACAGUACGCACACGUCCUCUCUGAACGGCGCGUCAUCGAUAACCACUCAUCACCACAGUUGCCCUCGCCACAGAUCAAGUCGAUCGAGUUCCUCGCUGUCAAUUCAUAAACCCUUCGAGGCGGCGUGUGAUACACAUAUUUGGUACCUCCUGCUCAAAGUCAGCAUGAGCGUUCUGAUGGCCACCGGCGUAGCUAUUAUCGCGAGUUUUAUGUACAAUUUCCCCAUCAUGCAGAAAGUCGAGCUGAAAUCUCUGGAGAAUGCGCUCCACAAGAACCUAUAUUGUCAACAGGCCGCUAUCGAUGCUCUAAUGGGCCACAUCCGCGGAUAUGUGGAACGAAAACACGAAGGAGUUGUCGUUCUCUUCCUCGCGGGUUCCGAGGGUUCCGGCAAAACGUUGACAGUUGAUACAUUUCGCGAAGUCAAUCCCAAGUGGAAGAAAAUUGUAGCCACUCACGAGCAGGGUGAUCUGAACAAGAUGACUCAAGAUCAGCUCGUCACAGCGCUACGCGGAAAUAUUCAUGCCUCAACUCUGAAUUUCCUCUUCAUCGAUGACAUACCAGAUCUCGCGGAAGAUACCCCUUUCGUAGAGGGGAAAUUGAAACCGAUCCUGCGAGCUUUGAAGUUUGAAAAAACUCUCGUUUUCCUUGUCAUCACCUCGUAUGAAGGCAACACGAGCUUGCCGACGUUCCUGACGAACGAGUAUGAACACCAAACCAUCCUCUACGAGGCGAUGCCUCGAUCGUGCGUCGAAAAAUGCGCCAUUGACGUCAUCAAAGCACUAGAUGCGAACCCUCGAUACAUCGACAUGGAGGCUCUAAUGGACCGUAUCCAUUUCGACGAUGUCGACGGAGUGCAGGUGUCGAGGGACGGCUGCAAAACUGUGCCUAUCACUGUCGCGCUUUUCCUUUCUGAGAGCAUCAUUCAACAGGAGCGAGAGCACGAAAUCCAACACCCCGAGCAAGGACCCAACGAACUGUGAUACCGCGUCGAGAAGAAAGAGAAUCUCCAGCGCAUUCCGGGAGAUGAUCAUCAGGCUGUGGUUUAGUGAGCACAUCGAAUUUUCCCACAUAUACAUACAUUGUUCUUGCGCCGGUUCCUCUCGUUUAUGGAAUGAUGAAAUCUCCGAGCGACUGGGGACGUGUGUUUUUACGUGUAAAUAUCCAUGUAUGUUUCUAUUCGA